UGACAAUUGCGCCCGCCUAAUUAUUAUUCAUCGUUAUUCCUCUUAUUCAUCCGCAGCUGGCUGGGACUGGCUACAGCGGAUUCUUGUUACGAAACCGAAAAGAGGAUCGUCUGGGACUCGGAAACACUGCACGGCUACUAUCCCAAUCAUGAUCGAUCUACUCCCCGUCCCCCCUACAGAGUAUAUACUCGAGUCGAUGUCAUCACUUUUACUCGUAACUCAUUUUCAUUUCCUUCCUAGCUUUGUGUCCACCUUGAACUUGAGAACUUGAACAUCAAACUUCUUUCUUCUCUACAUGCCGUACGGCCAGGAAGUUGCAUAACCGGCACUCUGCACCUCAUCACCCUAGCUGCUAGGUGUAAGGAAUGACGGAGCGAACCAUCCGCCAUCUCAUCUUGCUGCAGUCUCUAGCGGGCUCCUCUGCCUGAUAAACUAGAUCGACUACUGGUUGACAGACUCGAUUUGCUUAUUAUUCUUUUUUUCCUUUUUUAUCCUCAAUUUUCUUUAUUUUUCUCUACUAUUAUCUUGAUCAUCCUACGAAAUACUUCAGUGCUACAAGAGUAUUGAAUAUCGAUUUUAUUUACUAUACUCGAUCUGUUAUUUUCUUUCUCCGGUGCCGGGGCUACGACUGUUCUGAUCGUCGGAGAUAAAAUAUUCUUUUUUUUUGGGGCCAACUGAUAAGCUUCUCGUUGGCUUGAAUUCACCCCCAGUCCUGAUUGUGGAGUGCACCUAGAAAGGUCCAGUCCCUUUGCUUUUCCGCGCCUCCCCGGAUCCUAGACGCCCAAACACACGGCCUCCGAGGACCCUUACGUGACGAAUUCGAUUUCACGAAUCGCAGCCUAUCAAUUAUCUAUCUCUGUACCCCAGCAUUCCCAUUAUCUCUCCGUGCGAGACUCCGCCCAAGCCGCCCAGGCCCUCCCCCCACCACCACCCCCGGUACCUGACAGCCCCAGUUUAUGCUGUUAAGCCUUUAUCUAUAAACUUCUUGCCUGCCCCAUUUACCUCUCAUGGCCACCGUCAUCACCAUCCAGCCUUCCCCAACGGCUGGCUCGGCUGCCUCCCCGGCCUAUUCACACUCGCCCCCCGACCAUCUACGUCGCCGUGCACACCCAGCGUCGACUGCCACACCCAAUACCCUCUCGCCUUCUCCAGUCGCUGGUCAAUCAACAAUAGCCCGUGUUUCAAGACGGGAUGGAGCGAGUUGCGACGCCUGUCUCCGUAGAAAGAGCCGCUGCGCCAUGAAUGACAUCACCAACAAGUGUUAUUCGUGCGAUUUCCACCGUCAGGACUGCACUUUUACUCUGACUGCGGGCUCGGGAGAAGCACCUAUGAAGAAGAGAAAGUUGGACGACUCUGCGCGGGAGCAUGAGUCUAUAAAAAGACCCUCCACCGUCCAAUCAAACCACUCUCUCGCUGACGAGGCUCCUCGCACACAACACCCCCAGGCCAUGAUCCGUUCAGGCUUCUUCAACCAGACUACCCAGCACAUUGGCAUGACCACUGAGUUGGAGCCCACCCUACUUGAAUACCUCCCAUUGGACGAGUACCACGAGUGCACUGUGUCGGCAUCGCGUAUCCGACGGUGCGCCGACGACUGCACAUUCAUGCGGGUCGUCAACACCGUGCCCAUCGGCGACUCGCAGGCCGUGUCGCUGGACGCCAUCGAGAGCCUGGUUGCUCCGUACGGGUCAACGCUAAUUGAAAAGUUCUUCGAACAUGUGCAUCCUUCAUUCCCCAUUCUCAUGGAGGAUGCCUUCCGCCAGUCAUAUCGCGAGCGCAGGCAAUUGUCGCCGCUGCUGCUGGCCGCAGUGUAUGUGCUGACCUUGAAAUUUGUGGAUGUCGGCGUGUCAUCGCAAACGGCGCGCCGGCCCGAUGCCUCGCGGUUGGAGAGCACGGCGCUGAAGCUGCUGAUCGAGUCUUUGCCAUACCCGAGUAUCUCGACUAUCCAGGCUGGCCUGUUGUUGACGCAGAAAUCGACCUUGGCGACGGCGUCCUUGAACGGGCAACUUGUCACAGCUGGUUUUGAGUUGGGUCUACACCAGGAUUGCUCAAACUGGCGGAUGAAGACAUGGGAAAAGGGUCUGCGGAAACGUCUGGCCUGGGCGUUGUAUAUGCAGGACAAAUGGUCCUCGCUUGUGCAUGGCCGACCAUCGCAGAUCUUCGCAUUCAACUGGACUGUCAAGGAUCUCGUGGAGCAGGACUUCUCAGACGCCUUUGCGUCCGGCACGGGCUCUGCUCAUGAUGAGGGAGACGUUGGCCACGGCCCGCUUCUCUUCUGCCAUAUGGUUGCAUUGACAACUAUCCUCUCCGACAUUCUGGACCGCUUCUACACGCUUCAAGCGAUCGAGGACUUCCGCGCUGCAGGCAAUCAGCGCACGCGGAUCAUCUUGGACAAGGCGAAGCCAGCACAGAUCCGACUGAAGGAGUGGUUUUCGUCUCUACCCGCGGCGUUGAAGAUGGAGUCCUCCAGCGGCGAGCUAGUCGAGACCAUCACCGACGAACACGCCCGCAACGGCGCCCUGCACUUGGCCUAUUUCGCGACCGAGAUUACCCUGCACCGCUGCAUCGUGCGCUCGCUAGCCAGCGACGGCACAGACUCGUACCUCGCACACAUCUGUCGCUCCGCGGCAAAGACCCGACUCAUCUCAGCCAUGGACUUUGUCAACCGUCUGCGACCCGCACACCUGCGCUCAUUCUGGCCUGCCUCAGCACGCACCAACUUCUCGCUGAUCGGUUCAUUCGGCAUGCUCCUACGCAUUACAGCGCCGACCAACGAAGAGGCCGAGUUCUACCGUGUCCGACUAUGCGAGUACCGCUGGACGCUCAGCGUGUCCCACAAGAACGCCGAGUUCAUGGGUUUCGCGCUGGAGAGUCUAGACCACGCGACCAUGCUGGAUAAGCAUGUCCCUGCUAAACCGGGUAUCGAAGAGCUCAUGGCUAGCGCGGCAAAGCAACCGUCGCGGCCUACUAUGGGGCCUGGUGAUUACGAUGACGCAAUGGGCGAUAUUGAUAUGCACGGGACCGCGGGUAGCUCGUCGGUUAUCUCUGGCUUGGCCUCGCCCGCGACGAGUGUCAGUGACAUGGAGGGUGAUGAGACGCACAUGCAACCUCUGUAAAUGCCUCUCUACCUGAUGAACAUUAUACCCACUACCUCACACACCUCCUCAUUUAUCCUCUAUUACCUCUACUUCUAUCUCUACCACCUUUGUUGUGUUCCCAAAACACCCACGACAUCUUCGGCGUUCACGGACUCAUUCUCGGAUGAAAGCGCAUGAUCGAAUACCUCUCUGCAUAAUUGCAUCUACCCUGUCCACAUCACCCUGCCCACCAAAAGCGCAGGCAAUUCGAUGAUGGAACCUUCUGCUUUAUUUUUUUAUUUUUGGAACUCUUGUUUUGUGUGAUCUGAUUUGAUUUUACUUGACACGCCCGGGAAUUUAUUUGGCUUGGACUUCUGGAUUUUGGAACUGGAAUUGGAUUUGGAAUUGGAUAUUCCCCUCUUGGAUAUGAUACGGAUUAGUUAGUGAUUUGAUUUGAUUUGCUUGUAUAGACUUGGACAGCAUAGAUUGGGCUAUGAAUGAAUUAUGAUAUCUACUUUUGGGA